AUGGGAGAAAUUCAUGAAAUUGAAGGAUUUGAAAUUGAUGCUGAAAUCUUGCAAGACUUAGGUUAUGGCGAGGCUGAGGCUAGAGAAGCACUAGCUAUAUGUGAGGGUGAUCUGGAGCAUGCAGUAGCAUUGCUUACGCCAGGAAUCUUAACAGGAGAAGAUGAAUUGGGUGAUGAAGAAAUGCUAGGCGAAGAAAUUGAUGAAGGGGGAGUGAAGGAAUAUGAGAAUUAUAAAGAAGAAAGAGCAUGAGAGGAGAGCAUAAGGGUAAUGAUUGCACAGCGUAACGGAGAAGUUUUGGAUCAUGGAGAGUUGAUGAUGGCUGCAGGAUUGUACAGUUUGGAGUUAAGACUAAAGAAAGAGUAUGAGAUUAAAAAGGAAGAAGACGAAGGGAUGGAAGAAAAGACUGAAGAAGUGAAAAGUAAUAAAAAUGCGGCAAAAUCUAAGAGGGCGCGAAAUGCCAGAAAAGUGAAGAAGGGUCAGAUGAGCUAG